AUGAUUCCUCGCCUCGCAUCACGAGCGCCGAUGCUCUGCUCCCGCUACGGGAUAGCAUCGGCGCGUACCCGCCCGCCGUGGGUUCCGCAAAGCCCAGCCCCGGCGACACAGUCGAUGCAGCUUCUCCGAACUACCGCCGCACCGCGACGACCGCAAGCACCCCCGCCCAAAACUACAGCUCCGAGCACGAUAAAGACGACAGCGACGACGGCGACGACGGCGAAACCAGAAACAGCGAAGCCGACCGCCAAGGCCCCUUCCGCAGCGACAAAGAAUAACGAUCCUCUGGCGACGCCAGAAAAGACGGUCACUGAGCAGCGAAAAGCAGACUGGGCCAUCAUGAAAGAGAUGUCGCGGUAUUUGUGGCCUAAAGACAACCUGGGAACCAAGCUGCGCGUCAGUCUGGCCGUGGCGCUGCUCAUUGGCGCCAAGGUGCUCAAUGUGCAGGUGCCCUUUUAUUUCAAGAGCAUCGUCGACUCGAUGAACAUUGACGUGGCGGCCGUCGGCGGCACGGCGACGACGGUGGCGGGCGCCAUGAUCGUCGCCUACGGCGCCUCCCGCAUCGGCGCGACCGUGUUUCAGGAGCUGCGCAACGCCGUCUUCGCGUCGGUCGCGCAAAAGGCCAUCCGCUCCGUCGCCCGCAACGUCUUUGACCACCUGCUGCGCCUAGACCUAGCCUUCCACCUGUCCAAGCAGACGGGUGGCCUGACGCGCGCCAUCGACCGCGGCACAAAGGGCAUCAGCUUCUUGCUUACCAGCAUGGUAUUCCACAUCCUUCCCACCGCGCUCGAGAUCAGCAUGGUCUGCGGCAUCCUGACGUGGCAGUACGGCGCCAAGUUUGCCGCCGUCACUGCGCUGACUAUGGUGGGCUACACGGCCUUUACGAUUUGGACGACGGCGUGGCGGACAAAGUUCCGUCGUCAGGCCAAUGCGGCCGAUAAUAAAGCGUCCACGGUUGCUGUCGACUCGCUCAUCAACUACGAAGCGGUCAAGUACUUCAACAACGAAAAGUUUGAGGUGGCUCGCUAUGACAAGGCGCUGAAGGAAUACGAGAAGAGCUCCAUCAAGGUAGCGACUUCGCUAACCUUCCUCAACAGCGGCCAGAACAUCAUCUUCUCGUCCGCCCUCACAGCAAUGAUGUACUUUGCGGCUGACGGAGUCGCCAAAGGCAGCCUUACAGUUGGUGAUUUGGUCAUGGUCAACCAGCUCGUCUUCCAGCUUUCUGUGCCGCUCAACUUCCUUGGCUCUGUUUAUCGCGAGCUGCGCCAAUCUCUGCUUGAUAUGGAGACGUUGUUCAACCUGCAGAAGGUCAACGUCAGCAUCACCGACAAGCCCGGCGCCAAGGAGCUGGCCUUGACCAAGGGUGGCGAAAUUCGAUUUGAGAAUGUCAACUUUGGCUACCACCCCGAUCGACCCAUCCUGCAGAAUCUCAACCUUACCAUCCCAGCUGGUAAGAAGGUUGCCAUUGUUGGGCCCAGCGGCUGCGGAAAGUCAACGCUGCUGCGGCUGCUGUUCCGUUCGUACGAUACCCAAGGCGGCCGCGUCCUCAUUGACGACCAAGACAUUCGGGAUGUCCAGGUCGACUCUCUGAGGCGAUCUAUUGGCGUUGUGCCGCAAGACACGCCGCUCUUUAACGACACUGUCGAGCACAACAUUCGAUACGGGUCCAUCGACGCGACGCACGAGCAGGUAGUAGCUGCCGCACAGCGCGCUCGUAUCCACGACACGAUUGAAAAGUUCCCCGACGGCUAUAACACUAAGGUUGGUGAGCGCGGCCUGAUGAUCUCCGGCGGCGAGAAGCAGCGCCUAGCCAUGAGCCGCCUGCUACUCAAGGACCCGCCGCUUCUCUUCUUCGACGAGGCCACCAGCGCGUUAGACACGCACACGGAGCAGGCCCUCAUGGUCAACAUCAAUGGCAUCCUGCGUGAAAAGGGCCGCACGAGCGUCUUUGUAGCACACAGAUUGCGCACCAUCUUUGACUCGGACCUGAUUAUUGUGCUCAAGGAGGGCCAGGUGGCCGAGAUGGGCACCCACCGCGAACUGAUUGAUAGAGCUGGCGUCUAUGCUGAGCUGUGGAGUGCUCAAGAAACCCUUUUUAGCGAAGACGGGACUGGUCGACUGGAAGCGACGGCGGACAGCAGCAAGGCAAAGAAGUAG